AUGGAUAUGAAUGUGCCUACUCCUCUCCCACCGACUGCAACUGAUCCCCGUUUGGCCAGCCGACCUCCUCGCCCGGCCAUCAAUAUCUCACUAUCUCGCUCAUCUUCACAUCCUACUCAAGCCUCAGCCUCCACUCCGCCACUAUCUACUUCGUCAAAUGUAUCACGAUCGAAAUCUAGUGCUGAUAUUCAUCUAGCCACUGCAGGAGCCUCUGGAGGACCAGACCCUCAAAAUGUACCCGUGGCGGAGGGGGAUGCAGCUAAUCUCCUGACAUUGCUGUCAAAAUUCAAUAUAUCACAUUUUAAUCUCCUCAAUCAACAAAAUGAGAAGAAACGCCUGGACGACAUUACCGCGCAAGCGAAGCGAGACAGCGAUCGGGCAAAGAUGAUGAGGCAAAUGUACCCGGCCACGACAGAUAUGUUCCAUCAUAUGGACGAGAAGAGGGAAAACAAUAGAGCCAGGCUUAACCAGUCCCUGAUUCAGCAUCAGGAUAUCUGUCAGCAAGUGACCGCUGAAUUUGCCAAGUACCAGCAUCUUCUCUCAACCCCGAUCCAAUCUAAGCUCACGGAGCCCAUUCCACCUGCCCAGCCCUCUCGUGUGGAAAUCGAGAGAAUCAACGAGCUGGAAGUGGAGGUCAAUAAGCUCAAACAAGCCACUUCGGUAGCUCAGCCGAGCGUUAAUUUCCCGGCCCAGAUUCAAAAUUCGGUCGUGGAAUAUUCCACUCGAAUAUCACGCAUUCUGAAAAGCAGCGGUGAGCAGAAAAAAGACAUUGAUGGGCUCAGAAAAGAAAUCGGCGAGAUCAAAGAUUGGAGGAAAGGACUUGACAAUGGGGACACGAAACUGCCCUUGAAAUCCAUGCCUGAGGCCUGGGAAAGCUUGCCGGAUAAUCUGAAAGAGCUCGAAAUGAAGGCCAAUGAAGCUCACCGAAAGGCGACACAGGCUGCAGGAGAAGUGACCACAGUAAAGGAAAAUCUCGACAAAUCGGCAACUCCUCCCAAUGGGUCAACACUCCUUUCUACCAACUCUGUACAGGAGUCAGCGUUGCAAGUGCGCCUUGAGCUGGUCGAGCAAAGAUUCUCCAUGAUCGAAAGCAUCGAAUCAGCCACCAGGUCCAACGAAGCGGAUAUUGGUCUUCUAAAAUCCAAGAUGGACAGUACCAAAUUCGCGUCCCUUGAAUCAGCCAUUAAAUCCAAUGAAACGGAGAUCAAUGUUCUAAAAUACAAAUUGACCAAUACCGAAACGAUGGCAAUUAAUCUGAGCAAGAGAUUUGGCAACUUUCAAAAUGAAAAGGCUGAUAUUUUGCGACAGAUCGACAUCUCGCGACAAGAGGCAGCCACUUACCAGAAGGCUAAUGGAGGGCCAGACAAAUGGGCUGACAGGAUUGCCGCCCUUGAGACUGCUUACUCUAGGCUUGAUGCCCGUAUGAAAGAAUUGGUAGUAGAUGCGGCUGCUGAGGCUCAUGCUGUUGUAUUGGAACCAUGGGUAAAAAGGCUCGAAUCUUUCCAGGUGGCACUUCGCUCGAUUGAGAUGCGAUACGACAACUUCAACACCGAGGGCUUAGUAAAACAGAUGUCUCACGCUCUUUUCGAGAUGUACGGCUCUCACCUGCGAGCCCUAGAGGAUCGGACCAAAAAGUUGGAAUCUUCAUCAAUGCCUGAUGAAAUGCUGGCAAAGCUGGAAAAUGUCAUCCAGAGUGAACUUCCAAACGUGGAAAGUCGGGUCGACAAGUUGGAAUGUUCAUCAAUGCCAGAUAAUAUGCUGGCAAAAUCCGACGAUAGCAUCAAGAGUCAAAUUCGACCUGUGGAAGAACGGAUCAACAAGUUGGAUGCUGAUGUUACAUCACUGUCUGAAAGGAUACUGGUAAAGGUUGAGGCUUUCGUCAAGGAUCAACUUGCUCCACUACAACAAGUUCAGGGAUCGCAUUCCGAAAGCAUAUCUAAACAGCUUCGGGAUGUCAAUGAGUUGCAGGAAAGUUCCAACUCGCUGUCUACCGCCUUUCAAGAGCUUGCUGAUGACCACUCGGACGACGUUAUGAAGCUGACUGAUCAGAGUAAUCAACUCUCUGCUGAGUUGAAGACCCUGGCUGAAACGUUAGAUCCACGAUUCGCUAGCCUAACGGAGCAAAUUCAGAUACUCAAGGUCUCUCUGGAAGAAUUGCAGACCUGGGCAACUGAAUGGAAGGAACUUGAUCCAUUAAAGGAUAUACCCAAGAUUCGGCGGACAUUUGGGUUGCCUGAGGAGAUAGUCUCACUUCGCAGCCAACUGAGGGACGAGCAAGGGGAUUUUGCGAAGGAUAUCAAUGAUGCGAUGAAAACGUUCGCUGCAGAAGUGGUGAGGAUUCGGGAUGAAUUAUCGAUCAUUCAGACCAAACUGCAAGAAUGGCUCUCUCACGAAAGCAACGGAUCAUCUCAUCCGGUGGAUAAGGCCACGGGCCCUUCAAUACAUAAGAGUCUGACAAAGCGAGAUUUGCAAAUUCGAGGAUGCUCAAAUGUCUCACCUCUGCGAAGUUCUACUGACCCUUCGAACGCUGAAAUUCCUAAGAGUGGUAAGCGCCGUCGCGAAGAUGUGGAAUGUGAGAACUCUUCCUUGGUCAUCACCGGUAUUGAUAAUGGCACUCUAGUGUGUCCACUAACUAGCCCCUCUAACCCACCUGACCCGGCAAAGAUGGAGAAUAAAUUUGUCUCGCUACACACGGAUACCCCUGACGCUGAGUGCGGGACAUCAUCGUCUUCCAUAAUCGCGAGUGAGAAUGGCACCCCAGUGCCUCAAUCCUCCAGCCGCGCCAGCCCUUCUGGUCCAGUGAAGAAGAAGUCCAAAACUGGCAAGCACACUUCCUUGGUGCCAACUCCCAACACUGAACGGGAGGCAUCAUCUUCUUCCUCCGUUGUGACUGACAAAGGCACACCGGUACCUUCAUCCUCUGGUCCCUCCGGCCAGCUGAAGAAGAAGAAGAAGAAGAGUAAGAAGAAGGAGGCCGGCAAAGACAAUCUCGAUGAACUACAUACCUUUGUACAAGAUGGCGAAUUCUGGCAAGGACAUGAGGACCUCGAAGGCUUUCAUGAUACCUGGGCCUCAUCUCGUAAGCUAGUCGAUAGCAAGAAAAAGAAGGAGCAUCUGAUCAGCAAGGUCCGAGAGCGUGCGACCCACCAGUGGGGACUUCUGAAUACCGCGGCGCUCUUCAAUCGUGUGCGUACUGCCACCAUGUCCGAAAAAGUGAGCAAGAUACUGGCAACUGGGCUUGACUACCCUGCAGUUCAAACCGCCAUCAAUAACGAGAUGGUUUGCCGCCUAUCCACUAAAAGCAAGGGAGUCAGCAACCGAAAGAGGGUUUCGCAGUCAGAUCUGGUCAAGGCAGCAUUCAACAUGAACCUGACCCCCCUGCAGGCGGAUGAUAUGGAGCGCUUACACCUCGGUGUGGACGAAGAUGGCUAUGUGUGCGAUCUGAGUGAAGGAAGUCCCCUUCUCCGCAACCCACCUCCACCGCCAGCACCCCUAGCCGGUACUAGUAAAGAAAAGGAAAAGGAAAAGGAUCAAGGCUGA